UAUAGCAUCUUGACUAGACCAGACUAGACUAGACUAGACCAGACUCGCCAAAUUUCUCCAAAACCCACCUCCCCUCCCCCUAAAUCCCAAUUUUGGGUUUGGGUUUGGCUUUGAUCUCCCCUCUUUCUAUAAUCAAUCCACUGCUAAUACUAUUAUUAUUCAAAAUCAAAAUUCAAAACUGCAGCAGUAGUAGCCUGUUUUUGACCUUCCCAAAAUCCCAAUCCCAAUCCAAAUCCUUCCUUCCUUGGAACACCAACACCACCCAUUAAUAAAUCAUCCAUCCCUCGUCCCUGGCCUCAAGAAGACAAGAAAAUUUGAGAAAUGGAGGUGAGUUGGAUCACAGCUGUUCCGUACCUGGUUUCGGCGUUUGCCCUGCUUCUGCUCUUCGAACAGAUCUUGUACCUCAAGAAGAAAGGCUUCCUCCCUGGCCCGACCUUCGUUCUGCCCUUCAUUGGCAACGCCAUUUCCCUCGUCUCCAACCCCACUGCCUUCUGGGACCAGCAAUCCUCCUACGCUAAAUCCACCCCCCUCGGAAUCUCCGCCAACUACAUCAUCGGCCGCUACAUUCUCUACAUUUACUCCUCCGACCUCUCCCACAAGAUCUUCGCCAACGUCCGCCCCGACGCGUUUCUGCUCAUCGGACAUCCUUUUGGGAAGAAGCUCUUCGGCGAGCACAAUUUGAUUUAUAUGCUAGGGCAGGAGCACAAGGAUUUGCGCCGUCGUAUUGCCCCCAAUUUCACCCCCAAAGCGCUCCAGACUUACACAUACAUCCAGCAGCGUAUUAUUCUCAAGCAUCUCGCCUCAUGGUGCAGGACCUCCUCCGGCGCUGCCAUUCCGCUUCGGAUCCUCUGUCGCGAUAUGAAUUUGGAAACCUCGCAGACGGUUUUCGUCGGUCCUUAUUUGGAUGAGGAAUCGCGCAGGCGGUUUAAUAGAGAUUAUAAUUUCUUCAACGUUGGAUUGAUGAAGCUCCCCUUCGAUUUCCCCGGAUUCGCCUUCAGAGACGCCAGGCUCGCCGUGGAUAGGCUCGUCGAGACGCUCGCGGUAUGCGCGGAGGAGAGUGAGAAGAGGAUGAAAGCAGGAGAGGAACCGACUUGCCUGAUUGACUUCUGGAUGCAGGGAAAUUUGAGAGAGUGCUCGGAGAAGCCAUUUGAAUACAGCUUCAGAGAAAUCGGCGGUCAUCUCUUCGAUUUCCUGUUCGCCUCGCAGGAUGCUUCCACUUCAUCGUUGCUGUGGGCGAUUGCGUAUCUCGAUUCCCAUCCUCACGUUCUCGAAAGGGUGAGAAAAGAGGUGCUGAUACACUGGUCGCCGGACAGCGAUUCCGUCCUCACCGGCGAGCAGCUGCGGGAGAUGAAGUACACAGAGGCGGUGGCGCGUGAGGUCGUGAGGAUCAGAGCUCCGGCGACCAUGGUGCCGCACAUCGCCGCCGUAGACUUUCCCCUGACGGAAAAUUAUGUAAUUCCGAAGGGCACCAUUGUGUUCCCCUCCGUCUUGGACUCUUCCUUUCAGGGGUUUACCGAACCGGAGCGGUUCGACCCGGACCGGUUCAUGGAGGAGCGGCAGGAGGACCGGGUCUACAAAAAGAACUUUCUAGCCUUUGGCGCUGGGGCCCACCAAUGCGUGGGACAGAGGUAUGCAAUUAACCAUCUAAUGCUCUUCAUCGCCAUGUUCGUCACCCUCGUUGAUUUCAAAAGAGAUCGAUCGGACGGCUGUGAUGAACUCUCGUAUGUCCCCACGAUCGUCCCUAAGGACGAUUGCAGGGUCACCCUGUUGCCGCGACACACUAGAUUCCCGUCUCUUUCUUCUUGACCAAAAUGCCCUUCAAUUCUUUCGUGUGGUGGAAUUAAAUUAAAUUUAAAUUUAAAUUAAGUGUUUAUUUAUUUGGAAAAAAAAAAACAAAAAGGAAAAACCAAAUAAUGGUAAAAGAAUUUGAUUGGAUUGCAAAUAUUCGAUGAAUCACUUGUUGGGAUUGAAUUGAUUUUGUUUUAUUUAUUAUUUAUCUUUUAUCAUUAUCUUUCCUUUUCCUUCAUUAUUAUUCAAACAAGGAAUAAAAUAAUAGUGACUUGUUUUGCUUUUCUAAAAAUUUAUUAUUUUAAUUUAGAAUUGUAUAAAUAUAGUUGUAUAAGUUGGCAUUGAUCUGGCAGUCCUUGUCUUGGCAUAGGCGUUGGGUUGGGCUGGCCCUGGCCCCCUUUAUUCGACAAAUGUCCUGUUCUGGAUUGAACUCGACCAAUUAAUAAAAUGUUGGAUUCUAUUC